AUGGCAGACGCUGAGCCGCCCUCCUUCUCCUAUCUCCCAAACCAACUCCAUCUCUUCCCCCAGAAUCCUUACCCGCCCUACACCGUCCCCGCCCCCAUCGCCCACAAGGUAUGGAUUCUCGACUGCAAGUCCUGCAGUUCCUUCCUCACAAACCGCGGAAUGAAGGCCGUUCUUCUCCUUCGUCCAAACGUGUCUCUUUUUUCUUCCGACGCCCAGCCAACAGGGUGCUCGCCGUAUAGCUCCAGCACAGAGGCCCUUCGCCCCCUCGCUGCUCACAAGCCUUCCGCGUCCCCCUCGCGCACAUGUGAAUGUCUCACACAGAGUCUUUGUUGCCAUACCUGCGGAUCGACCGUCGGCUACAUGAUCGUCGUCCCUUGUACUCGUUGUACUUACUCCAUUGGCGCGACUAACCGUGCAACCAAUGGCCAUCGUUUUGUCUUUCACUCAAACGAGGUCGUAGGCACGGAGCGCCACUAUGUUCAGGGCGAGCCAGGCGUCGUCCCGUUUGACCCUCCAAUGUUCAUACCGCCCCCUCCUCCAGCAAUGCCAACCCCUCAUCACGCUUCUUAUCCCUCUCCUCCAUUUAGUCCCAGUCCAUAUUACGGCCAUUCGUCUUCUCACCCGCGCGCCGUCUCUCCGCCGGUUUUCCGUUCCGACUAUCUCCCAACCCCUCCUUUGGAGUUUGCAACCCCUGCUUACGCGCAUUCAGAUUCAAGGCACCAAUCUCCAGACCUCGACGCGACUCCUGAUUAUUCACGUUUUUAUCUACCGCCGGCCAGCUUACGUUCCCCACCUCCUAUCAUCCCUGUGACAACCCAUUAUUACCCAUUGUCCCCUCGAUCUCCCUCGGACGACUUUGACUCUUUUUCGUCCGCCAGCCCGCCCCCGCUUGCCAGUCCUACCUUUUUUCCCGCGGAUCACAAGGAGGUCCCCAGCCAACCACCCCCAUCCUUGAAGCCAGGUGACGUGAUAUUUUGGCAUCACCUUUCCAGGAGCGGCGAAAUACCUGGGGUUCACAACGACGAGAGAGCCCGCCAUCCCAUUGCCGCCAAAGCUUCUAGGGAAAUAUUUUUCAAUCGAUAG